AUGGCCCGUGAAAGUAGUGCUGGUUUUGACAGACAUAUUACCAUUUUCUCUCCUGAGGGCAGACUUUAUCAAGUCGAGUAUGCACUGAAAGCUAUCAACCAGGGUGGGCUGACCUCCGUGGCUCUCCGCGGGACGGACGCGGCCGUGGUGGCGGCGCAGCGCAAGGUGCCCGACCGACUGCUGGACCCAGCAUCAGUCACACAUCUGUUCAGACUCACCGAUAGAAUUGGAUGUGUUAUGACUGGCAUGACGGCGGACAGUCGCUCCCAGGUACAGCGUGCUCGGUACGAGGCGGCCAACUGGACCUACAAGUAUGGCAGUGCCGUGCCUGCACAUGUGCUGUGUCGCCGGGUGGCUGACGUGUCCCAGGUGUACACACAGAACGCAGAGAUGAGACCGCUCGGCUGCAGUAUGAUGUUGAUCGCGUACGACGACGAGACCGGCCCGUGCGUGUACAAGACGGACCCCUCCGGGUACUACUGCUCGUACAAGGCGGUGGCGGCCGGCGCCAAGGCCACCGACGCCGGCGCCUACCUCGAGAAGAAGCUCAAGAAGAGGGGCGAGCUGAGCGAGGACGAGGCCGUGCAGCUGGCCGUGAGCUGCCUGGCCGCCGUGCUCAGCGUGGACUUCAAGGCCGCGGAGAUCGAGGUGGGGGUGGUCAGCAAGGAGCGCCCGGACUUCAGAGUGCUAACGGAGGCCGAGAUCGACAGACAUCUGACCGCGAUCGCCGAGAAGGAUUAG